AUGUUGCUCCUCACGCUGUUUUUCGGCCUCGUUACCGGCCAAAGCGAUGGAAUCACCAGCGAUCAGUGGCUCAUAACUCUCAACACUUCAAUCUUCUGGCCCACGUCUACGGACUACUUUUAUGGCCCGACUACUGGUCCCAGCGCCUCUGUGGUGUCAUGCAAUGCUGCCUGGGUGGAAUACCUUGGACGGUCCUCUGGUUUGCGGUCUCUAGGGCCUACGGCCACCACCACCUCGUUGGGAUCAUAUGCCACAAGUGAGGGAGCGUGUCGUACCUCAGUCUCCGCUGAAAGAUGGUCAAAUUCUCAUGCCGGGCCUCUCACCACGCUAUGCGAUGACAUCCCUCGCGCACUAGGACCCAGAGAAACGGUAACAGCGUACUACCCCGGCAUGGGCCCCUGUGUGACGGGAUACACUACUUACACUAACACCGACACCCUUUACCGCGAGCCAUCACCCGUCCCGGAUUGUCCUCUGGAAACAAGCGAGUGCAUUCCUAUCUGGGAAACAUACUCAAGCCGUUCCAACUCUUACUGGGACUCAAUAGUCACAUCAAUUCCUGGCGACACUAACAGCCCUAUCCGGCCGGGCGAAUGCCCCCAAACAUUACGUCAGUACCCAGAGGAAAACCCCUGCUCGAAUUGUCACUUCCUCCCCGGGACUGCCACUCUCUUCUACUGGCCUGUCACUACCGCCGAUGGGGACCUCUGUCUGCAGAACGGAACCACCCUCCCGGCAUCGGGUCCCAGUACCGCUGUUGUCAACGGAGAAACCUUCGUCUCCCCAACUGUUUACCUGUCUUUUACCACCAUAUACGCAUGGAGUAACCGCCGCGGUCACCCGGGGAGCCAAUGUGGUGUUGACCACAGUAAUACUGUCAUCUCUGUCAACCCAAGCACGCUAUCUUCCAUACGCGGCCACCGGAACGCUAAAUACCCGGUUAUCGGGACUUCCUAUCCGUUCAACUUUGCCGAGUUUAUGACACAAGAUGUAGGAGAGUACACUCAGUCGCUGGUCCCGUGGCCCCAGUACCGAGGGGGGCAGCAGUGCCCACUUGGUGACAGCGACACCUGCACAAUUAUCCGCGAUGACUAUACGCCCUGGGUUAAACUUCCUGAGGAGGUCCGCGGCAUCGAUGAGGGCUGGUCGGUGUGUGACGAUUCUUGGUAUAUUCCACCUGUGACGAUGGUUGCGCUUGACAAGGAAGAGAUUGUGAUUACACCCACUCCGGCGCCCACUGAGGAGGCUUUUUCAGUGGCGGCAGCUCCUCAUGAAAGACUCACCGCAGCCCCAGAACCAACCCGUGGUUGGUAG